CGGAGAUUCGGAGUCGGAGUCCGGAGUCGGAGUCGGAGUCGGAGCGGUGGGGCUGGGGCGCCGUCACCGCCGGCCUUGCCCUUGCCCUUGCCCUUGCCCUUGCCCUUGCCUCGUGGGAUGCGUGGGGGCAUCUCCUUCCUUCUCCCUCACACCUCCCCCCUCCCCUAUUUUGGUCGGUCCUCUCCUCCCUCCCCUUGCGUUCAUCAUAGCUGACUAGGAGUAUAUAUAGCAUUAGGUAGAUUGAUCGAUUCCUCCGUCUUCUUCCUCCCGCGCUGCCCUGCCCUGCCCUGCUGUGGAAGCUGACACCACUUUGGGAGUUGCUGCCAACUACCGGGCGAGGCUGUCAAAUUCUCUACUACAGUAGUAUUUGGCAGCCAGCCCGUGACCAAUUCCAACUCCACCGGUGGUAAAUAAAUCAUCUACAGCAUCAACAGGGAUUAGGGCACGCUGCGGAGAUAUAAUAAAUAACGUGCACAAGUUUCCUCCUUUGUCACAAGAGUACCAUUCCUGCUGAGAGGUUUGGCUGCGCGCUCCCCCACGAUGGCUUCCUUCUCGGGACACCUCCACCGCCCCCUCUCUGCCAUGGCCGUCGCUGCCUUCGCCGCCGUCUCCUCCCACGAGCUUCCUGACAAGCUGUCCCACCACAGGCUCUCUGAUGCAAGCACGAGCACAGACACGCUUGCGUCGCUUCCGUCAACCAGGGCAGAUGCUCCAGCAGCAGCAGCAGCGCCUUCGGCCUCUGCCCUUUCUGGCACGCAGCUGCUGCCACGCGACCUCCACAGCUUGCGUCUGCUGAAGGCGCCCUUCGCGUCUCUUCCGGUUAUGCAGACAGUUUAUCAAUAUGCUAACUUUCCCAAGACCUCAGGACAAACAGAUGUGAUGCCUGUGAUUCCUUCCUCGCCAUCCGAUGUGCUAUACCGCUGGCAUCUGCCAGACCCCAGGGUCUGUGCUGAGUUCCCUGACAAGUCUCAGACGGUCGUGGUCCUUCUUGGGUGGCUGGGCUCAAGACAGAAACAUCUCAAGAGAUAUGCCGAUUGGUACACCUCAAGGGGCUUCCAUGUCAUCACCUUCACCCUCCCGAUGUCUGACAUUGUCAGUUACAACCUUGGAGGCAAGGCUGAGAAGAAUGUUGAGAUGCUAUCCGAACAUCUUGCUGACUGGGUCAGGGAGGAGAGUGGGAAGAAGAUUAUUUUCCACACCUUCAGUAAUACUGGUUGGCUUUGCUAUGGCGUAAUUCUAGAGAAUUUGCAACAGCAGGAUCCUUCAGCAGUGGACAGAAUUAAAGCUUGUGUAGUAGACUCAGCACCUGUUGCUGCACCUGAUCCUCAGGUUUGGGCUUUGGGCUUCUCAGCUGCCCUCAUGAAAAAACGCAGUGUCACCACAAAGGGACUGGGUUCAGAUGAUUCAAGGUCUGAUGUCCUAGUUGUGGAGUCUAACAAGGAGCCCAAGCUGGGAGAGGCGGUUCUACUGUCAGCUUUGGAGAGUUUCUUUGACGUUGUUUUGAACUAUCCAAAGAUCAACAGGAGGUUAUCUGACGUGAUGGAGCUUUUGUCUUCUAAGCAACCAAAGUGCCCCCAACUGUACAUAUACAGCUCCGCCGACAGGGUGAUCCCAGCGAAAUCAGUGGAGGCAUUCAUCGAGGGUCAGCGGAAAGCUGGGCACGAGGUGAGGGCUUGCGACUUCGUGUCAUCGCCCCAUGUGGACCAUUACCGGAGCAAUCCUGGGCUGUAUACUUCUCAGCUGGGCAACUUCUUAGAGGAAUGUGUGCUUGCCAAUGAUAGUGAGGGUGCUUGCGCAUCAUGAUUAUCAUGUUGCUGCGGCAAAUACAAAAUGAUCAGUUGUUUCCUUUUAUUUGUCCCUUUUCUUGAAUUGGAAUGCACCAGGGCUAUAUACGUGGGUUAUACCAGGAAAAUCCUGACCUUUUUUUUUUUCUCUCCCCUUUGUUUUCUGUCUUUGUGGCUGACCUUUCUAUUCCCCGUCUUCUUGUUUUUACUGUCUUUGUGAGUGGAGUUUGGGCGCGCAACUGUAAAAAUGUUGAGGAGAAAUAACCAAAAGAAACGAGAGGAAAUUCUUUUUUAUCGAUUAACUGA